AUGGGAUAUGAUAGAGCCCGUUUCCUGGGAGAUGUGGAUGAAGACCUCAUCUGCCCCAUCUGCCAUGGUGUUCUUGAGGAGCCUGUGCAAGCGCCUAACUGUGAGCAUGCCUUCUGCAACACCUGCAUCACUCAGGGGUCCUCUUGGCAGCAGAUAUGCCCUGUGGACGGAAGCGUGGUGACAAUCCCUCACCUGCGCCCUAUUCCCCGAAUUAUGCGGAACAUGCUGUCCAAACUUCAGAUCACCUGCAACAACGCGGUCUCUGGUUGCAGUGCCAUCCUGAGGCUUGACAAUCUCAUGACUCAUCUCAUCAGUUGUGAGCAUAACCCCAAGUGCCCUGUGGCCUGCAAGCAGGGCUGUGGCCUAGAGAUGUCCAGUGAGGAACUGCCCAACCACAACUGCAUCAAGCACCUACACUCCAUGGUCCAGCAGCAAGAGACACACAUCACUGAGCUGGAGAAGGCAUCGGAUGAGCAGAAAUACCAGCUGGCAGAACAGAAACGAGACAUUCAGCUCCUGAAGGCCUAUGCCCGUGCCCUCGACAAAGGCAACCCCAACUUUCAGGAACUGGAAGAUACCAAUGAGUACAAUGAGGUCAUACAGGGGAUGAACUUGGUACAGCCAGAAAGGGUGAGAAGCUGGGAGGGUGGGAUCUCCACCCCAGAUACUAUGCACCAACCCAUGAUUAAGACAUCAGUAGAAAGUGGCUGUUCAGUACCAUUGCCAAUAAGCUGA